AUAACGGUGCUUAUCAGCUGUUUCGCUGAAAUAUACAAAUAUGUUACUUAUCAGAAGAUUUUACUGCAGCUCUCAGCGAAUUGGUCAUAUAGCCAAGUCACAUAAGCCAGGUGACUCACUCAGUAUUCAGGGAUGGAUCAAAAACAUUCGCCGGCUGAAGAACAACACAUUUCUAGACGUGGAUGAUGGAUCGACGAGCAGAAGAUUCCAAGUGGUUGUCACACGCAAUCCAGAAACACAAAACCUAACGCCGGGCAGCGUUAUCACGGCCGUGGGACAGAUCCAAGUGGCACCCAACGGAAACUUUGAGCUGCAUGCAGAUCGCGUGGAAUCACUGGCCGAAGGACACCUGCAGGACGGAUAUCCCUUCACCCCCAAGCAGAAACACGCACCGGAAUAUGUCCGAGAGCAUCUGCAUCUUCGGUCCCGUGUCGACUACGUAGCCGCCCAGAUGCGAGUAAGACACAAGGCUCAGAAGGCCAUACAUGACUACAUGGAUGAGCUGCAUUUUGUCCAGAUCAACACUCCGCUGAUGACCACCAACGAUUGUGAGGGUGCCGGCGAAGUUUUUCGCGUUGAGCCUGACUCGGAGCAACUGCUGAAGCAAAUGGCGCGGCCCAAUGUGCCAGCAGAACAGAGCUAUUUCGAUAGCAAGGUAUUUCUCACCGUCUCGGGCCAACUGCAUCUGGAGGCCAUGACCUAUGGCCUGGGAAACACGUACUGCCUGGCGCCCGCCUUUCGAGCCGAGAACUCCAAGUCGCCGUUGCAUUUAGCCGAAUUCUAUAUGUUUGAGGCGGAGCUGGCGCAUCUGGAAGAGCUGGAGAAGCUGGCAGGAUUCAUUGAGCAGAUGCUGAAGUCCAUUACGAACCGCCUGCUCGAGACGAGCUUCGAGGAUCUACACUUCUGCCAACGGAAUGCCAAUGCCAGCUCGGAUCUGCCUUGGCUGAAUGUUCCAUGGACGAUCAUGAGCUACGACGAUGCCCUCGACGUGCUGCUGGCCAACAAGGCGAGCCUAAAGACGCCCAUCAGCUUGGACGAGGGUUUCACCAAGGACCAGGAACUGUUUCUCGUCUCCCACUGUGGCACGCCCGUUUUCGUUGUGGAUUGGCCCACAAAGCAGAAGCCCUUCUACAUGAAAAUCACCCGCACUAAUCCGGAUCGUGUGCAUGCCCUAGAUCUACUGAUGCCAGCUGUGGGGGAAUUGUGUGGUGGCAGCCUGCGCGAAAGCGAUGCAGCCACUUUGAGCGCCCAUCCACAGCUGCCCAAGGACUUGUCGUGGUAUGUGGACCUCCGCAAAUACGGAGGGAUACCCACAGGCGGCUUCGGCAUGGGCUUUGAGCGUUAUCUGCAGCUCGUGACUGGUGUUAAGAAUAUAAGGGAUGUGAUACCCUUUCCCCGAUAUCCACAUAGCUGCAAAAUGUGAUCAAUGUGGAUGAAAAAUAUGUACUUUUUAUUGUUGAAAAC